AUGUGUAGUGAUACAAUCCUGAAUCUUAGACUUAUGCUGGGCAAUACUGAGUCAGUUUUUUCUUGGUACAUUUAUAGCAGUCCCCAAAAACAAAUACAACAAUGUUUAUUAGCACUCUUGGCUUGCACAGUCAAAGCUGGAGUCAUCUCUUCUGACAUCGGACUCGGCAACAUCGGAUAUGGAGCACCAGUAGCUGUCGCGUCCCACGGAGCUGGAAUCGGCAACCUCGGCCUAGGACUAAGCAACAUCGGUCUGAGCUUAGGCAGCCUCGGCCACGGAGUAGCCUUAGCAGCACCUGUUGCUCAAGUUGCGCACGUGGCACCUGUUGCUCAAGUGGCUCACGUAGCACCCGUAGCUGUAGCGUCUCACGGGGCCGUGUCUUGGCAGAACAGCAACAGCAUCAGCGUGAACCCUACUCAGGUGGUCGGCAAGUUGGCUGUGGCGGCACCUGUUGUUACUAAAGUGGCAGCACCUGUUGCUAUAGCCAGUCCGAUUAUCUCUCAUGCCAUUGCUGCGCCGGCUAUCGCUAGAGUUGGAACCGUAGGAGUAGGCUUAGGUGGACUCGGAGGUGGCUGGAACAACAACGGCCUUGGCUGGCACGGAAAUGGCCUUGGCUGGAACAACAACGGUCUUGGUUGGAACGGCAAUGGCCUUGGUUGGAACAGCAAUGGCCUUGGAUGGAACGGCAAUGCUAUCGCUGUUAACGGCAACGGACUUGGUUGGAACAAGGGUUGGUAGAUGUCUACCCGCUCUGUAAUAACGAAUGAGCAGUUACAUGGCUUGAUGCGUAGAAUUUUCGGCAAUGU